AUGUGGCUCAAACCUGAAGAGAUUCUGCUGAAGAACGCCUUCAAAUUGUGGGUCACCGAGAAAGAUAACGAGUACUUCGUACUGCAGCGGAGACGAGGUUAUGGAGAAGGUGGCGGAGGACUGACAGGGCUCCUUGUGGGCACUUUGGACACUGUUUUGGACUCCACAUCAAAAGUUGCUCCGUUUCGUAUUUUGCAUCACACACCCGACUCGCAGAUCUAUUGGUCCAUAGCAUGUGGGGUGACCAAAGAGGAGAUAUUUCAGCACUGGGAAUGGCUGCAGCAGAAUAUCAUGAGGACUCUCACUGUUUUUGAUUCAAGUGAAGAUGUCACCAGUUUUGUUCAAGGAAAGAUUAGAGGUCUGAUUGCUGAGGAAGGAAAAUCAUCUCUCGUUCUUGAAGAUGAUCCAGAGAAGUUCAGAGAAGCCCUUCUGAGCUACUGGAAAGGCAAAGUGCCGUGCCAGGGCUGGCUUUACCUCAGCACCAACUUCCUCUGCUUCUACUCAUACUUUCUGGGAUCAGAGGUGAAGCUGGUCAUCUCCUGGGAUGAGAUUUGGAGGCUGGAGAAGACGUCAAAUGUUAUUCUGACAGAAAGUAUCCAUGUUCUGGCUCAAGGCGAGGAUCACUACUUCUCAAUGCUACUGCACCUAAGAGCCAAUGCUCAGCGACCCUCUGCAGAUCACAAAGAGAGGAUUAGAAGCUCAUGCCAAGAUCAAGAUGGAAGCCAGUGUCAUGUAAUCAUUCCAAUGCGUGAGGUUGUUAAUGUUGAGAAGCCAGUGUCUGGCAGCAGAGCUUUGGUUGUGUGCGUGCGGGGGAAAAAGGCACUGCGUUUUUCCGAGGUACGCGACUACCAGCGCCUCGCCAACUCUAUACGCAGCAGAUGUGGGAUUAGUGCUAGUCCUCUGCACUCUGCCUCAUCAGAGGCCAUCCGUGGUGAAUGUCAGUCACUCCUCAACCAUUUUGAGGAUAACCCAGAAGAUGUGACCCUGAUGGUGGGGCAAAAAGACAACGCCAAGGCUGUAAGCACUGAGGCCCUUAUGACAGUAUUCCACCCACAAGACAUGGAGAACCUUGAGCCCAAAAUGCUUAAAGAGAAGAUGAAGGAACAGUCUUGGAAUAUACACUUCGCGGAAUAUGGACGUGGUACAAGUAUGUUUUUCACAAAGAAGACUCGGGAUCUGAUUGUGCGUGGAGUCCCUGAAGCCCUGAGAGGAGAGCUGUGGAUGCUUUUCUCAGGAGCUGUGAAUGACAUGGCCACUCACCCGGGCUAUUACACUGAGCUGGUGGAGCAGUCUCUGGGCACAAGCACACUGGCCACAGAUGAGAUCGAGAGGGAUCUGCACCGCUCUUUGCCCGAGCACCCUGCCUUUCAGAGUGACACCGGGAUCUCCGCCCUGCGCAGAGUCCUCACUGCCUAUGCCUACAGGAACCCCAAAAUCGGCUACUGUCAGGCUAUGAACAUUCUCACUUCAGUUCUACUACUUUAUGCAAAAGAAGAGGAAGCUUUCUGGCUUUUAGUGGCUGUUUGUGAGCGUAUGCUGCCAGAUUAUUUCAAUCGUAGAAUUAUUGGUGCACUAGUGGACCAAGCGGUCUUCGAAGACCUGAUCCGUGAGAACCUGCCGCAGCUGGUGGAGCACAUGACUGACUUGAGCUUCUUCUCGUCUGUGUCCUUGUCCUGGUUCCUGACUCUCUUCAUCAGUGUGCUUCCCAUUGAGAGUGCAGUCAAUGUUGUCGACUGCUUCUUCUAUGACGGCAUCAAAGCCAUCCUGCAGCUCGGGUUGGCUGUGCUGGACUACAAUAUGGACGCCCUGAUCAGCUGCCAUGACGACGCAGAGGCUGUCACAAUCCUCAACAGAUUCUUUGACAGUGUAACCAACAAAGACAGUCCAUUGCCUCCAACCGUACAGCAGGCCUUGGUUGGGGCCAAUGACAAGGCUUCUAAUUUCGGUGUGGAUAUUAGCGAAUUGAUUCGCGAAGCUUACGAUAAAUAUGGACAUUUACGCUCUGAAGAUGUGGAGAGCUCCCGAAAAAGAAAUAAACUUUAUGUCAUACAGACAUUGGAGGACACCACAAAGCAGAAUGUUAUCCGAGUGGUAAUGCAGGAGGUUCGGUUUACUGCCUCUCAGCUUGAUGAACUUUAUUAUGUAUUCAAAAGGCAGCACUUUCUGAGCUGUUACUGGACCAUGAAGAGCCCGGCACUGCUGCACCACGACCCGAGCCUGGCCUACCUGGAGCAGUAUCAGCUGGGCUUUCAUCAGUUUAGCACGCUCUUCUCCUUGCUGGAGCCUUGGGCAUUUUGUCCUGUGAAAAGCACUCUGUCCCUGUGGGUCUUUCGACUCAUUGAUGCCAACCAGGACGGCCUCGUCAACUUUAAAGAGUUCUGCUGUGCUCUUGACACAUUGUAUGGAGGAUCUUUCACAAACAAGUUGAAGUUCCUUUUCAAGCUGCAUCUCCCUCCAGCGUACACCGGAAGCCCUUUGCACGCACAGAAACAAAGAAUGCCUCACGUCUCUCUCUCUGAAGACUCUCCUCAUAUGAAUAGACAUGCUGCUUUUGAACUUCCUGAAGAUGGUGUUAUUCGAAAAAGCCCAGAAAGAGGUCGGGGAAAAGUGGACUUGCAGGCUUACUUGAAACAAUGGCAAAAUGAAAUACUCAAGAAGGAAGAAACGAUUAAGGACCUGCCUAGGAUUAACCAGGCUCAAUUUAUCCAAUUCUCAAAGACUCUUUACAACAUUUUCCAUGGUGACCCAGAGGAGGAGUCUUUGUACCACGCUGUAGCCCAUGUGACGAGUCUCCUUUUGAGGAUGGAGGAGGUCGGACGUAAACUGCAGGAGCCCAGAAGCCCAGAAGCCGCCUCUAAAGCUGCCCCCUCCUCUGCAGAGGGCACUCCUGCUGAAGACACCACCAUGUCCCCUGACAGCACCGACACCAGCAGCUCCCAGAGCGGCCAGGACCCAGCAGGCUCAGAGCACUUGGAGGUGGAGGUGGAGUGGUCCUUUUCAUUUGAGCAGGUCAUAGCGUCGCUGUUAAAUGAGCCCGCCAUUGUCAGGUUCUUCGAAAGGCCUGUGGACAUUCACUUGAAACUGGGACAAGCCAAAGCCGCUCAGCUGAAGCUCAAGAUGCAAAAGUGA